GAAAACAACAGAAACAAAUAAUGGUGGAGGAGGCCAAAGGCCUGAGGCUGAAAAAUGAUGAGAAGGCAAAAGGAUUGCACAGCUAGAACAUAGGGUGGCUGGCUUGGAUUGAUUCUGAACCCAAUGAGAUGGAAGAUCAAUCAGUGGAACAACAGGUCACAAUUUUCCUUCAAUCAAAAGGAACAGAGGUAGAUACAACACUGAAAACUGUCAUUAUUCUCCGCAAAGAAAAAAAAAGAGAAAUCAGUCAUAAUUAUGAAGUUUACAAAGAGAAAGCAUAAGGUGGCGCUGCUGAGACAGGAUAAAAAGCUGAAGGGAGCAGAGGUCUUUGAAUGAGCUUCUGACUAAAAGAAAUACAGAUAUUGCCAGAAAAAGGCAGAUUGCUGCUAAAGAAGAUCUAUUCAACGUGGACCUCAUACUAUAAAGUCUUCAUAAAACUGAUUGGUGCACCAGAAGAAUCUGAAGUAAUUGUCAUUGGAAAUGAGGAAGAUUUGGACAAGUACUCAUAAGAAGAGUAACACAGCAAGGUAAUACCUAAACAAAAUGUCACUGUGUGGAACUUCUGAGUAAUUUAACUGAUGUUUGGACCUGAACAAGAUAUGUCUUCAAUAACCCUAACACUAAGUGUCACUAAUAUACAGAUGAACAGUUUAUUUCAAAGUUUGAGUCUGAUAAUUGUCAAUUGUUCUCUUCAACACCAGAAGUCUAUUUGCAAACUUUCAAAAUAUGAAUGAAUAUCUACACCAGUUCACCAAACCAGUCAAUGCGAUAGCUAUUUCAGAAACCUGGCUCAGCCCAGAGAAGGGGCUGGAUUUUGAACUAUGGUUUUGAAAUGAACUAUAACAAUAGAAAGAAUAAAAAAGGAGGCGGUAUGGUUUUGAAUAUAGAUAAAAAUAUGAAAUAUAAGGUAGUGGAAAAUGUGACAACUAACAGUGUACUACUAUUGAAAAUCUGCAUGAGAAAUAGAAAUAUAAUCGUUAGCUGUGUAUAAAGACACCAAGUUCUAAUAUUGACACUUUAAAAUAUCAUGGAAGAAGUGUUUGCAAACUCUCAUCAGAAGAUCACCUUCAACUGUAGAGAUUUUAACAGACUUCUCCUAACAAUCAUGCAUGUAUGAGCAUCUAUCUACAAGCAGAAUAACACCACAUAGUUCCACACUAAUAGACAAUAUUUUCACUAACAGUAGGGAGACAUACCUAGUAAGUGGUCUACUAUUUAAUGAUAUUAGUAAACAUCUCCCUGUUUUUACAUUGUUUGACUGUGACCACUGAAGGAAAAAUGGUGAUAAUGACAUCAAGAGAGUGACGACAGAAGAAUCCUUGAAUGCAUUUCGAGGGGAAUUAUUAACACAGAAUUGGAAAACUGUUUAUGAAGCUGAGGACACUGACAUGGCUUAUGAUUCCUUUCUAAAAAUAUUUAAAUCACUAUUCGAUAAAAAAAAAUGGCCAAUCCAACAAUCCAAGAGAAAACAGACUCAGGACAGGCCAUGGUCAACGAAAGGACUAUUAAAUGCUUGUAAAAAAAAAAAAAAAAAAAAAAACAUCCUAUAGAGAACAUUUUUGGAACAUAGAACAUCGGAGGUAGAGAUUAGAUAUAAAAGUUAUAAAAACAAAUGAACGAGUAUUAUGAAGUUUUGCCACAACCCAGAGCGGGUGGGAGUCCUGAGAAUUAUGGAGACAGAAAUCCCUGUUCAAUGUUCUUAAGAGCUGUAGAUAAAAAGAAAAUUAUAUUGUUACAAGCUGUAAAAAUAAAACAUCUAAAGGUUGGAAUGAUAUUGACAUGACUAGUAAAACGGUCAUUGAUGGUAUUGUUGUUAAAAGGGGUUGCUUUAAAUCGGCUAAGAUGUUAUAGUUUGUGCAGAUAAACUUUAACAUCAACCCAUUUAAACAUUACCCACAGAGCCUCACAGGGGUCAGUGCUGGGCCCCAAAUUCUUCAUCCUCUAUGUGGUGACAUCUGUCAAGUAUUUUCAAAUGGUUUGUUUUUGCAGAAUUUGCAGCAAAAUACCUAAAAAACACAUGAAUCCUGCAUCUUUUAGUUCAUUCAUACGAAGAGGAUGGCUUGCUGCUUGAACAGACUGAAUGAUGUCCCUGCAUGUGUCACAAGGAGAACUGUCAUAGAGCGAGAAAUCUCCCACAGAAACCAAAUGAUAUCAGAUUUUUAUGGAAUAAUUUCCUCUGUCUGCUUCACUCAUGAAUGAACAUGUGGAAACUCCAUAUUUUCUUUUUAAUGGCUCCACAAUCACUUCAACCCUUACAAACAUUAUUCUGGUUUUCAGUCCAUCCAUAUCCAGUAAAAUCCUUUUCUUUCUGUUCAACAGCUGACAGACUCCACCCCAAAGAGAAAAGUUGUGUUUGGUUUGUACCUGAGAGCCUCUUCUUCUCUGUUCUCCACAGCAGUUCCAGGCCUACAGAGGCUUUUUCUUCUUGGUCGACAGCAGUAGCAGUUAAAAUGCUGGUCCAGGUCAAGUACAAACAUCAGCAGAAAUAUGUGAAGCUGGAUUUUACCGAGGGGCUAUAUGACUUCAUUCAGUUUCAUGAAAAAGGAACACUUCUAUGAUACUGCAAGGAUAUACAGGAUACAUUGCUUGAUGUUUGAAAACGGCCCAAAGAAAGAUUCAUCGUGGCAUCGUGGUAGUCCUGCGGAUGGUUCUCCUGGAGGCCCAAACUGCCAGAGGAAUUCAAAUGUUGAAGGACAGCUUGAUGGUGAUGCUUGUCAAGAGGCCAUGUCUUUGCUCAACCAUACCACAGACAAGUCUCUGAUUUUCCAGAUGAUGAGAAAGGCCUUUCAGCAUCAUCAGAAACUUGUUAAUGAUCCAGGCAGAGCUGUUGAUAUCCUUUCUACCUUCUAAGAUUCUUGGAAACAAAAGGAUUGGUGGAUCAAGACUUUGCUCUCCUAUGUGGUGAUGAGACACCAUCCAGGCUGCUUCGGAAAUGGGACAUGUUCUUCAAACCAAAUGUUAUCAAAGAGGCCAAGCGACUCACUUCAUUACCAGAGUAGAAUCAGCUGUGGCAGUCAGCAGAAAGGAAGUGACCUUGAUGAGAUAGGAGAAUAUGUCCAGGAAAUCCCUUUUGUUGCUGAUACAUCUCCUUUCACCAUGACCUGGAGGACAGAAGUCUCCAAAGAUUAGUGCCUGUGAUGCAGCUGAAAGACUUGUAGUCUUCCAUAAGGUUGCAGCUUUAAACAACAGUUGUGCCCAGAUGUGGCCCAGCUCCAGCAGCUGUAUAUAAACCAGUAUCAGUGUUAUGUUAAACUUCUCUUCACAUGUAAUCCUCCCAGCUGGAGGUCUUCAGAUGUCUGUCAGCUGGUUGUCCUUUAACCACGAAGUUAGUCAUUACUCCUUUAAGACCAGCACAGACUGUGAUGUAGCUCAACAGCAGGAGUCAUGAAGCAUGGCGGGGUAUAAAGGCUGGUGAUCUGGAUGCUUCCUGUCACUGUGACCAUCACCACCUGAUCAGACAGACGGGGAGGGACACCCUGGAGCUGUCCUCUGGAAUCUAAUCUGGAAGUCUUGUGAAAACUCUCCUCCCUUCACGUCGUCCACCAUGUCCCUGAAGGCAGCAGUCAUGGUCUCCUGCGACCCUCUCGCCACAGUCUGUUCAGGUGCCAACUGCCUCGCCCCUUCCAGUGACUUUAACGCCACCCUCAGCCUGGUGUUGAGCACAGUGCUCACCGUCAUGCUCGCCAUGGUCAUGUUCUCCAUGGGCUGCACUGUGGACGCCAAAAAGCUGUGGGGUCACAUCAAGAGGCCCUGGGGCAUCGUCAUUGGCUUCCUCUGCCAGUUUGGCAUCAUGCCCUUCACGGCCUUUGCCCUGGCGCUCGCCUUCGGGGUGCUGCCUGUUCAGGCUAUCGCCAUCAUCAUCAUGGGCUGCUGUCCCGGAGGUUCGGGCUCAAACAUCAUCUGCUACUGGCUGGAUGGAGACAUGGACCUGAGCAUCAGUAUGACGGCCUGUUCCUCCAUCUUGGCGUUGGGGAUGAUGCCUCUCUGUCUCUUCAUUUACACCACGACAUGGACUUCCAGCGACACCAUUAAGAUUCCCUUUGACAGCAUUGGUAUCACCCUGGCAGCUCUGCUCAUCCCCAUCGCUGCAGGGAUAUACAUGAAGCGCCGGUGGCCCAACGUAGCCAAAAAGAUCCUGAAGGUGGGAUCCAUUGCUGGAUUUGCUCUCAUCGUCAUCAUAGCUGUGGUUGGGGGGGUCCUGUACCAGUCCUCCUGGGUCAUUGCUCCCUCCUUAUGGAUAAUUGGUGCUAUCUACCCCUUUGUUGGAUUUGGCCUGGGGUUCCUCCUGGCCCGCUUUGUGGGUCAACCCUGGGACAGAUGCCGGACCAUCGCCCUGGAGACAGGUUUCCAGAACUCCCAGCUGUGCAGCACCAUCGUCCAGCUGUCCUUCAAACCAGAGGAGCUGGAAGUCAUGUUUGCAUUCCCUCUCAUCUACAGCAUCUUCCAGCUGGCUGCUGCGCUUUUCUCUGUGGGAUUCUACCAGCUGUAUAAAAAGCACUGCAGCCGCGGCCCGGACGGCACCGACAGCGAGGCCGUGGACACCGACGCAACCAAGGAGAAGGAUAAUCGAGCCUUUGCAUUUGAUGAGAACGCUAACAGCGGCAUCAAGGGAACCUUCAAGAAUCUGGAUCUGUGAGAUCUCAGAUGAGACUUUGGACACACACCACCAUCUGCAGGCUGCGAGUGUGUGAUGCAGAGGAGGACCAGGAGGGCACAUGCAUCCUUCUCUUUAAUGCUGAACGGCUUUGGUAUUUUUAACUCAAGGCCCUCCUCUCCUUUAAUUUAUUCGUGUAUAAAUAUUUUUUUAAAAAACAAGCCUUUCUUCAUGUGAGUGUUCUGAUCAGUGAUCAAUGAUUUCUACAAGGUGGACUUUUGUGCUGGACACAGCUACAGUGAUUUAUUUCAUGUUAACUUUGCAAACACACGCGUCCAUAACUAUCUCAGGAAUGCUUCAGGUAAACAAACACAUGGUUGAAAGCGGAGAAGCUCAGGCAAACUAAAUUCAGGGCUUGACCGAGGAGCAGAACUCGGUCUUGUGAUCAAACCCAACGUUCCUCUAGACAGAUUUUUACCACACGGAGACUCAGUUUCCCUUUUUCAUGUGAAGAAAUCUGAGCAAACUUAACAAAGAUAUUUAUUCAUCUGUGGCUGUUGUUAAUAACAACUUUAUUAAACCACUGUGUUGUAACCCGUGUGCUGCAUCACAAUAAACGUGUUUAAUAAAAAGUCUGCCAUUUUCCUACUCUGAUCAUCUGUUUAAAGUUUUCCUGUCUGUUAAUAAGUGUACAGAAAUAAAUGUUUAUAAUGUA